UCCAUUCCGCUGGGAAAACGUCAACGCUUCGCUUGAAAUACAUAAGCAAGGAACCAAACUGGGAAUCUCUUCCAGGUUCCUUUUCCCUUCCUCAUAAACCUGCCUUCCCUCCAUCUCCUAACUAGCCGUACAACCAUCCCUAUACUAUCUCGGACACUACUACUACCAUUAUCACCAGUACCACAUCUCCCCCGUCGACCUCCAAAUUUCCCUAGAUUAAUCGCCACUCGCCUUAUUCACCAUGUCUCGAACUAAGGUCCUGCUCGUCGGAGCAGCUGGUGAAACUGGUGGUUCCAUUGCGAAUGGAUUGCUCGAACAGCCUAACUUCGAAGUCCAUGCUCUUGUUCGCCCUCGCUCGGCCCAGAAGCCUGCCAUCGUCGCCCUGCAAGAACGGGGUGUUCAGAUUCGCAAGGGUGAUCUCAAGGGUCCCGAGGAGUCGCUCGCCGACGUCCUCACCGGAAUCGAUGUCGUCAUCAGUUGUGUCGGCCCUUCAGAACAACAGGAUCAGAUCCCUCUCGCCAAAGCUGCGAAGAAUGCCGGUGUACAGCGAUUUGUUCCCUGCGGUUUCAUCACAGUAGCCCCGCCUGGCGGUAUCAUGUGGCUGAGAGACGAGGUAUGCUGGCUGGCUCAUCCGAAUCUUACCUUCUCGAUUAACCCUUCCACACAGAAAGAGACGGUCUACAACCACAUCAAGCAGCUCCGACUACCCUACACUAUCAUCGAUGUCGGCUGGUGGUACCAGUUCUCUUACCCCCGCCUCGAGUCUGGUCGCAUCGAUUAUGCCAUGACUUCAGCUAACAACGAGAUCGUUGCUGACGGAAACUCGCCCAUUGCUUUGACGGAUUUGCGGGAUAUCGGUCGCUAUGUUGCCAAGAUCAUUACCGAUGACCGGACACUGAACAAAAUGGUAUUGGCGUACAACGAGGUCAAGACUCAGAACGAGAUCUACGAUCUUUUGGAGGAGAUUAGUGAGGAGAAGAUUCAAAGGAACUAUAUUCCCGAAGAGACCAUCUACACCCGAGUGCUCGCAGCCCGCCAAUCUAGCGAAACCUAUCCGUUCGACCCCAUCAAGUUCAUUCCUAGAUAUCUCGCCGAGUAUCAACUAUCUUGGGGUCUACGGGGCGACAACACGCCGGAAUAUGCCAAAUACUUGGGUUAUGUGACUUCCAAGGAACUGUACCCCGACUUCACGCCUACCGACUUCAGGGAGUACCUGGAAACCGUCGUAAGGGGUGCCGCCAAGGGUGUGUAUACCGACCGCACCAUUUCCAAGGCUCAGCAACGCUUCUUCCCUCGAUCGGAAUCUAGCGACUCUCUCUACACUCGGAUCUUCCCUCGUACUGAAUCGAGCGAUUCUCUGUACAUGUCUCGAUGAACGACGACCUCGGUCCCUUGUUAGGAAGAAACACGAGUCGGCGCUAGAUGCGCCUCCACCUUCGUGCUGCUUCGAUUAUGAUCGUGUGUACGGUGUCACUUGAAAUAGUGGAUACCACAGCAUACAAUGGCAGCCCUCCCUCCCUUGUUGUUUCUCUUUGCUUUUACCUUCUCAUGGGUCUUCUUUUGUUCCCGGGGGUUUCUAGACAGGCGUUCGUGUACCUAUUGAUGGCUUAUGACUGUCUCGAGUGGAUGAGUAUGAUUACGUCACCACCACGUUUAUAUACCAAUGUACUUCGG